CCUCCGGUGCGUGGCUCGUGGCGUCGCGGCUCGCGCUGAAAGAUGGCCGCGGUGGAGCAGCGCCCGCCCGUGCGGGAGGGGAUUCGGAUCGCGGUGCUGUGCCUGUGCUGGUACACCGUCAGCUCUGGUGGCAACGUGGUCAAUAAAAUCAUCCUCAACGGCUUCCCCUAUCCGGUCACAGUGUCUCUCUUUCAUAUAGUCUCCAUUAUCGUGUUUCUCCCGCCGCUGCUGCGAGCCUGGGGCGUCCCGCGAGCGGAGUUACCGGCCCGUUACUACCGCUGGUUCAUUCUGCCGCUCGCCUUCGGGAAGUACUUCGCCUCCGUCUCGGCCCAUUUCAGCAUAUGGAAGGUCCCGGUGUCGUACGCCCACACGGUGAAGGCCACCAUGCCCAUCUGGGUGGUCCUGCUGUCACGGAUUAUCAUGAGAGAGAAGCAAACCACAAAGGUGUAUGUGUCUCUUGUACCCAUCAUUGGAGGGGUCCUGUUGGCCACGGUCACUGAACUGUCCUUUGACGUCUCUGGAUUGAUCAGCGCUCUGGCAGCUACGCUCUGCUUCUCUUUACAGAACAUAUUCUCCAAAAAGGUCUUGCGCGACACAAGGAUUCACCACCUCCAGUUACUGAACAUCCUGGGCUUCAAUGCACUCCUGUUCAUGCUGCCCACGUGGAUUUUGGUGGACUUCUCAACCUUCCUGAUGGAUGGAGACCUGACAGAGGUUUCCAACUGGACAGGAACAAUCGUGCUGCUCCUCAUUAGUGGUUUCUGCAACUUUGCACAAAACAUGAUCGCUUUCAGUGUGCUGAACCUGGUGAGCCCACUCAGUUACGCCGUGGCCAACGCAACCAAGAGGAUCAUGGUCAUCAGUAUAUCCCUGCUGAUGCUCAGGAACCCCGUCAACACCUCCAACAUCAUCGGCAUGAUGACCGCAAUACUGGGCGUCUUCCUCUAUAAUAAGGCGAAAUACGAUUCUAACCAGGAGGCCAAAAAGAAACUGCUGCCAGUUUCGGCAAAGGAUAUGGUUUCCUUCGACAAGCCCCAGUCCAACGGCCCAGGGCCCUUCACUCACAGCUCAGACUUUCAGCACGGUCGCAGCGCAGUACUCACCGAUCACUUCGAGUACAGCCGACAGGCCCACACGACCAGUUACAGCUCCAGUAUGUUGUGUGACUCUAAACACUCUUCAGAGGAGACGACUGACGGUGUGUUUCAUACAGACGAGGAAGUUGCAGAAUGACUACUGCUUUUUUCAAAGGCCUGUUAUUUAUUUCAUUACAAAUCCUAUUUUGUAUGGUUUCCCAUUUAUAAGGAGUAUCUCAGUGGUGUGCUGGGAUAUAUUUGGCCGUUUUUUUUUUUUUUUUUUUGCACUGGAUGCAUUUCAACGAAGUUCAGAAUGUAACUUGUCUUCGACGUCAUCAUGCUACAGCGAGAGAGAGAGAGACAGACAGCGAGCGAGACCUCUGUCAUAUAUAACACACUGAGUCACUGCAAAUACAAAUGCUUUUAAUUUGUAAAUAUUUAAUUUAUUUUUCUAGAGGAAGGUGCAUUGUUUGACCAUAUCAUGAACUGAAACACCCCAUUGGUUUGUUCUGAAUGUCUAAUAUCUGUGAAGGAAUGCUUUUCUAAUUCCGGGGGUGUAAAAUUAGACUGAGCUCACUGUACAAGAUCACUUGAAUCACACAUUCAUCUGCAUGAUAAUCCAUUUUUUGUAUUGGUGUUACCGUACGAUGGCCGUAACUUAUGGGUCAGUUUCAUUAGUAUUCAAUGUCUGGGAAGGGAAAAUGGGGGAUUCAUAAAGCAGUUUAUUUAUUUUUAUUUUUCAGGAAACUGACAUCGUUUCAGAACUGUUGAACUCUAUGAGCUCUGUAUUCCUCUCAGUCGGGACAGCUGGAGGUGUCUCAAGCCCCUUUAGCGUGGAAAACCUGUAGUAAACAUGAUCCAUCGACUCAUUUUUGGGAUAAAUAUGCUGAAAUUUGACAAAAUAUUUUACUACUUUUUAGAUGUUAUUUCACCGUUAUCAAUCUUCGUUCCCAAAUGUAUGCCUGUUUAAGCUAAAUGUGUGAAGUGAGGGAUUAGUUUAAUAUUUGUAAGCUAGCUAUUUCCCCCUCUAUUUUUGAUUUAUUUAAUUUUAUAUUUUUAGUUGAUUUCAUUUAAGUGUCUCGCUGCUGGAAAGUUAAGACACUUUCUUUUGUUUUGUUUUUUGGCAAAAAGCAUACUCCUGUCUACAUAACUGCAAAUAAGAAAAGAACUUGAUUCAUAACUAUAAGUGUUAUGGAUUUCAAAGCAUCAUGACAUUUUUCACGUCAUGUAUUUUGAAAGACUCUGUCUUUCUAUUGUGAAUUAAUUGGAUCAGUUCAGGCAGAUUCAGCGGUUCAUUAACUGAUAUUGUGACUUGUGCAGCCAAAAGGAAGACUUUGUGUGUCUUUUUUUUGUGUUGAUUUAUUACACCGUAAAUCAUUGUAAAUUGAGCCUAAACCCCUGAACAGCGCUAAACAGUUCAAGUAUUUAACUGAUUUUAUCUUUCUAUUCAGAAUUUCAUGCACUACUGUAGUCCUUCAUGAUUCUUCAGUAUCUUCAAGCUCUUAGACUUUUCCCCUUUUGGAGAUUGCCUUGUGGCUCUGUAAUCUGACAGUCAUGUUAAGAUCUGUUAAUUGGGUUUUCUUCGUUUGUUUUCUAUGGUGUGUUGAGACCGUUUUACUUUCAGCCGGUCUCUAUAUAUGAUUUAGUUUUUAAGAUGCCUUGGUACAGUUAAUGUUAAUGUCAUAUUUCUCCCAGUCAGUUUAAAGGAUAUAAGAUGACUUAUUUUUAAAUGUGAAAAUAAAGAAGAGUAAUUGAUAAAGUCUA